AUGGAAAAUUUUCUGAAUGUCAACACCCUUCAAAAUUUUCCAACAGUAAUUGAAAAACUUUCGCUAUUAUCCAGGCCAAGCGACUUCAAGCAGAGCAAAGUGUCCCCGCACAUUUUCAACAUCUAUGCCAUCGACAACGAGUCUAUGAUCGAUGCUACCAUCUAUGAUAAAGAUGACAACGCAGUGGAUAUCAACAUCACAGCAGAAUUUGUGGAGGAACAAGUGGUCAACGUCACCUGUUCACUCGUUGGUUGCUCAUAUUCGAAUGGCACAGUGUCAUUCGAUUUUGAGGAGGACAAUAUCCAAGACGAAAGAAACUGGCUAUUUCUUUUACUUUGUUUGCUUGUGGUAGCUGGCGGGCUGGGCAACUUGUUAGUGUGUUUAGCCAUAUGUCUGGAGAGACGAUUGCAAAAUGUAACGAAUUAUUUUUUAUUGUCGUUGGCAGUAGCUGACCUUCUUGUGUGCGUUGCCGUGAUGCCUUUUGGAAUACUUGAAGGAUUUUUAGGAUAUUGGCCUUUUGACUGGCAUAUAUGCAGUAUUUGGGUGUCAUGUGAUGUGCUUAGCUGUUCCUCGUCAAUUAUGCAUAUGUGCUUUAUCUCGCUUGGCCGUUACUUGGGCAUCCGUAAUCCGCUGAAAACACGGUCAAGUUCCAAAAAAAUUGUCAUGAUGAAAAUAGUUUUAGUGUGGCUUGUGUCCAUGGUGAUAACAAGUCCCAUAACAGUACUGGCAAUGAUAGACCCGACGAAUAUUCAGCCAACACCAAACGUAUGUGCUAUUAACAAUAAGUUUUUCUUCAUUUUUGGUUCUAUGUUUGCCUUUUAUGUGCCCAUGCUCAUUAUGGUGUUUACAUACGUUCUAACUGUUCGGUUACUUCAAAGAAAGGCAAAGUUUCUUGCUGAAAAGCCAACGAGACGUGUUCCAUUCAUUCGAAGAGGCAGACGAUCAUCUCCUGGAUCCCCAGAAGGCAGCAAUGGUGCUACGCGCAACGGCCAUCUCCAGCAAUCUUCGUGUCAGCAGUGCAGCCAGUGUCAGACGGAAGCUAUGUGUCAGGAAAACAGAGACUUGCUAACUCCACAGAGCCAAGGAUUCGUCAGAAUUCGGAUCGGCCGACAAAGCGGUCACGAUCCUCACCACAGGUCAUCAACUCAGCAGCAACAGCAACUGGUGCCUGGAAUGGUUCGAACUCUUGGAACUAACCAAGUUGCGAAUGAGCAGAAGGCGACGAAAGUGUUGGGCAUCGUUUUCUUUUCGUUCGUCAUAUGUUGGACUCCUUUCUUUUUACUGAACGUGUUACUCGCUUUCAUGGAUCAAGAGUAUUUUCAUCCGUAUCUAGCAACUACGUUUCUGUGGCUAGGAUAUGUAUCCUCGACUAUCAAUCCCAUUAUCUAUACGGUUUUCAAUAAGACGUUCAAGAAAGCAUUUUGGAAACUCCUAACUUGCAAAUGUCACUUCAGCAGGCAUGUUAGCUUGCAUUCUACCAAUGACCUUGCAACUUGGGCUUUUAGGUCUGCGAAUUACACAACAAAAUCAGGUUCGCCUCCGGAUCCAUAUCAAGAAUCACUGUGCUAG